AUGUUACUAACUUCGUUGACUGACGUUCCUCGCAACCUCAAGGAGGCCAUUGAUUGGUUGAUGGCCAUGAAGGGAGACAAUGCCGAAAACGUGGAUGCUAUGAGUGCCGCACUUCACCGUUUUUUGAUACGGUACCCUGUUGGAUUUACGGAGGUGCCAGCUUUGGAGAGAGUAAAACAUUUUUCUAGGUUUUUUAUGAAGAAACCGGAUAUUGAGGAUCAGCCAUUCGUACAAGAACUGAUUGGGAGAUACUCUACACGUAUGAGUAAAAAUCCCAAAAGGCUCCCUACUGUCUCUAUGAGCAUCGAGGAGAGCGAUUAUAAGAACAUUAUAAAGGCCUGGGGUGUCAAGCCUACGGCUAUUGCAAGAGGCUUACGCAAAGUUUUGGAUGGCUGUGAGAAGCUGUUGGAUGGCGUAAAACAUCCUUCCGAAUACGUGUCCGCUUACAGUUCUGAAGCUACGUGGGAGGCAUCGUGCUCUGAAGACCCAGAAGCGUGCGCCGUUAUCCUAGUAGGUAUUGCACCAAUGUUAUACGUUGGCAUACGUUCUUUGAAGGACGCAGCCGAUGAUGCAACUGGAUAUGUGGUAUUUUCUAAUGCAGAGACGCGUUUUGCUAGAAUAUUGGAAUGUGUUGGCUACUCAGCUACGGAGAACCGCGCUAACUUGAGCGCUUCAGAUGUAUUUAAGGCCUUGGGCGGUAUAGAUGGCCGUGUAAUGGAUGUAAUAUACGACCUAGCUGGAUUCUGGGCUUUCUAUUGA